GAGAGAGCACUGCCUCGCCGACCAGCUGAAGCCCCCCAGCGCGGAGUGGGGACUUUGGACUGGGACUUUUGUUUUCUACAAUAUUUUAAACCAUGGGAUUCGAGUUGGACAGAUUCAAAGGCACCGUGGACCCGGAUUUUAAAUGCAACUUGUGCAACAAAGUUCUGGAGGAGCCGCUGACUACGCCGUGCGGUCACGUCUUCUGCUCAGGCUGCGUGCUGCCCUGGGUUGUCCAGCAGAGCAGCUGCCCAGUCAAAUGUCAACGGAUCUCCGCCAAAGAGCUCAACCACGUCUUGCCUCUCAAAAACCUUAUUCUAAAGCUGGAGAUUAAAUGUGACAACCACGCGCGGGGCUGCGACACCGUGGUCAAACUUCAGCACCUGGCCGAGCACGCUGAGAUGUGCGAGUUUGCCCCAGUAAAGUGCAGGAACAGGGGCUGUGAGGACGUGCUCAGCCUGCGGGACCUGGGCGCUCACAUGCGGGAUACGUGCGACUACAGAGCCGUGGGGGUCUGCGAGAGUGGCUGCGGCUUGAUGCUCACUCACAAGGAGCACAGGCUCAAGAGCCACUGUUGUGUACGAGCCCUGAAGGCGCACAAUACGGCGCUCCAGUGCAAGAUCAUCAGCCUGGACCGGGAGUUUAAGAAAGAGACUAUCAAAGCCAACAAGAGGGAGAAAGCGCUGCUCGCACAACUUUCCGCCGUGCACAGUGAGCUCCAGAUGACAGCGCUCAAGUACCAAAAGAAGUUUACGGAGUACAGUGAGAGAAUCGACUCCCUCACCCAAACUGUGGCUUUCUCCUGCAAGGAGAGCGAGACUAGGAGCGUGCCAGUUGUGCUCCUCCGUGAGGGUGGAUCUCUGGGGUUUAACAUCGUAGGAGGAAGGCCAUGCGCGGAUGAAAAUGACAGCACUUCAAAUGAGGGGAUCUACGUAUCAAAGAUUGUGGAGAAUGGUCCAGCAGAUAAAGAGGGCGGCCUUCAAAUCCACGACAAAAUCACUGAGGUGAAUGGAAAGGACCUCUCAAAAGCCACCCAUGACCAGGCAGUGGAAGCCUUCCGCAUGGCUAAGGAUCCCAUCAUGGUGCAGGUUCUCCGCAGGACUCCCCACCCCCCACUGCUCAGCCCCACCUCUGACACCCAGCUGUCAGACACCAGCACCCAGACAGACCUCACCCUGGAGCACCUCAUGGCCCUCACCAAGCUGCCGGCCACUGCACCCAACAUGGCAUCGCUGGACAACUACCUGCUAUCAGAGGAACAUCCCGCCGGACAUGCUUUCUUUGAUCCCAAUGACUUCCUUGAGGGGAUUCAGCAAGACAUUGAACGUGAAGAGAUGGAAUAUGAGGAAGUGGAUUUGUAUCGAGCUAACAUCCAAGAAAAGCUGGGGCUGACCAUUUGCUACAGGACUGAUGAUGAAGACGAGGCUGGAAUCUACAUAAGUGAAAUUGACCCAAAUAGCAUUGCUGCAAAAGAUGGUCGCAUCAGAGAAGGAGAUAAAAUCAUUCAGAUCAAUGGAGUUGAGAUCCAAAACCGUGAAGAUGCUGUGGCACUACUGACAAGUGAGGGCAACAGGAACAUUUCUCUGCUUGUGGCCCGGCCAGAAAUACAGCUGGAUGAAGGCUGGAUGGAUGACGACAGGAAUGACUUCCUGGAUGACCUUCACAUGGACAUGCUGGAGCAACAGCACCACCAGGCCAUGCAGUUCACAGCCAGCAUGCUGCAGCAGAAAAAGCAUGAAGAAGAUGACGGCACCACAGACACGGCCACUUUGCUAUCCAACCAUCAUGAGAAAGACAGUGGAGUUGGUCGCACAGAUGAAAGUACAAGAAAUGAUGAAAGUUCUGAGCAAGAAAACCUGUGUGACGACCACACCACGGCCUCAAACACACUGGGCAGUUGUCGUAAGCUAACCUACAGCCAGGACACGCUUGGAAGUAAUGACCUGCCUUUCAGUGGAGAAUCCUUCAUAUCUGCUGACUACACUGACACAGACUUUCUGGGUAUCCCUGCUGAUGAAUGUGAGCGCUUCAGGGAGCUACUGGAGCUUAAGUGUCAGAUGGGACAGGUAGUAGAGGGGGUGUACUGCCAAGGGGCUACUGGGCAGGAUGGCGAGUGUGUGGAUAAAGAGUUGGAGAUGCUAAAUGAAGAGCUUCGUACCAUAGAGCUGGAGUGCCUGAACAUUGUCCGGGCUCACAAGAUGCAACAACUGAGAGAGCAGUGCCGUGAAUCCUGGAUGCUCCACAACAGUGGCUUCCGGAAUUACAACACCAGCAUUGAUGCCCGUCGCCACGAACUAUCGGACAUCACCGAGUUGCCUGAGAAAUCCGAUAAGGACAGUUCCAGUGCUUAUAACACAGGGGAGAGCUGUCGUAGCACACCGCUAACACUAGAGUUAUCCCCAGAUAACUCUCUACGCAGAGAGAACCAGGGGGCAGCAGGGCCUUCUGUCAGUGCUACGGGCCGUGGGCUGAAGCCGUUGCUGUCUCCCGUCCUGGAGGCUGGAGGGCCAAGUCGCAGCAGAGCAAAAGAACAAGAUGGAGCAGUACAACCUGAACCCAAAGAGAGAAAGUCCACUCGUGGAUUUCCACACUCACCAUACAAGCACGCUCACAUCCCAGCCCAUGCACAGCACUACCAGAGCUACAUGCAGCUCAUCCAACAGAAAUCCGCUGUAGAGUACGCCCAGAGUCAAGUGAGCCUCGUCAGUAUGUGUCGUGACCCCAUCAGCCCCAGCGACCUUGACCCAAAGAUGGAGUGGAAGGUAAAAAUUCGCAGUGACGGCACGCGGUACAUCACCAAACGCCCAGUACGAGAUAAGCUGCUGAGAGAACGUGCUCUUAGAAUCCAUGAAGAACGCAGUGGCAUGACCACAGAUGAUGAUGCAAUCAGUGAGCUGAAGAUGGGCCGCUACUGGAGCAAAGAGGAGAGAAAGCAGCAUGCAGUCCGGGCCAAGGAGCAGAGGCAGAGACGCGAGUUUAUGAAGCAGAGUCGUGCUGACUGUCUCAAGGAGCAGUCUGCUGCUGAAGACCAUAAGGAGCCCAACAUCAUCCAACUCAGCCAUAAAAAGAUGAUGAAAAAGAGAAACAAGAAAAUAUUUGACAACUGGAUGACCAUCCAAGAACUGCUUACCCAUGGCACCAAGUCGCCAGAUGGGACCAGGGUGUACAACUCACUCCUGUCUGUCACUACAGUCUGAGAGCUUGCCCAAAGCAGCAAUUGACUGGACUGUAGAUAGGACACUACCGCUUGGGGUAGAGAUUCUUGCCUCGUUCAAUGUGGCAAUAUUUGUACAUAAAAAUCUUUUUGGCGGACAUUGUCUACUUUGUCAUUGAACAGAACAUUCUUAAAUAAUAACUGGACCCUUUGAGUUGGAUUCUUUCAAUACUAUUUUCAAUUUUUGUGCUUGCUCUUUUGAAUAGUUUGGGAAGAACAUUUUGUUGAACGAUUGUAAAGGAUUUGAUGUAUAAACCGUGUGCCAACAUAAAAUAGCAUUUACAUAAUUGAAAUGUUUUGUUUGUUUGUACCAUAUAUAUUUUUGUCAGUAUUUUACUGUUAUUAAUGCUUUUAUGGAAACAAUUCCAAUUCCCUGCCAGGUAGAAUGUAUAAACCUUUUAAAGACACCUUUGUAAAUUGUUUAGUACAAAUAUGAUUUUUAGCUCUAUUUUUUCAAGGUGCUCAUCUGCCACACUGAACAACACCAGCCAUGUGUUCCUGAUGUUCUGGCAGACGCUGCAUGCUUUAUUGUUCCUAGGGGUUCAUGUAUCCAAAAGAAUAACAAUGUAACAAGUGUUUAGUU